CUCCCGCGGGGACGCCGCGCCGUCCGGCCUUCCCCGGACCUCCUUCCCAGCGCCGUCCGGGCUGCCUCCGACCGGCGGGGCGGCGAGGAAAGUCCCCGGGGCGUUGCUGGCUGGGCCGCCAGAGGAGGAGCAGGAAGGACGUAGCCGCGACCCCCCCCCGCCUGCCCCCUCCGCCCUGCCUUCCCGCCUGCUGGCCCGGGCGCCGGCUGAGUUGCGGCGGCGGCGGCGGCGCGAUGGGGCGCAUCGAGUGGGCCAUGUGGGCGAACGAGCAGGCGCUGGCCUCCGGGCUGAUUUUAGUGACUGGUGGCAUCGUGGCUGUUUCAGGCCAAUUCAAAAGGUGGGAGAUUGCAGUUUAUGCAAUAGUUGCGGGGGUGUUUGUUUGCUUUUUGGAGUAUCCCCGAGGAAAAAGGAAAAAAGGAUCUACUCUAGAAAGAUGUGGCCAAAAGUAUUUCACAGCAGCUGUGAAGACCUGUGGACCCCUAACGAGGAAUUAUUAUGUCCGAGCUGUUCUCCACGCGUGCCUGGCCAUUCCUGCAGGGUAUUUGCUAGCCACGAUCCUUGGCACCGUUUGCCUGGCCAUAGCAAGUGGCAUCUACUUACUGGCUGCCAUACGUGGCGAAGAGUGGCGCCCCAUUGAAGCAAAGCCUCAAGAGCGACCCCAAGUAGGAGGCACCAUUAAGCACCCCCCCAGCAACCCACCCCCCCGACCCCCUGCAGAAGCCCGGAAGAAGCCAAAGGAGGAAGAGCCAACUGGCCAUGAAAAUCCGAUUGAAGUCCUUCCUUAGGAGUCUCCCCCAUCAGAUAGACUGCAGUCGGAGGGGGAGGCUCCACUACUGCUUGACCAAGGCAUGGGAGACACCCUCCAGGAUUGAAACUUGGGCCAGAUCUUUCCCAAGCAGGAGGAGAGGGCUCUACCUGAACUCCUGCAAGCCCCUUGGGGGCCUUCUGUGGUCUUUCUCUUAGGUUUCCUCCCUUGUCCCCUGCUGACCUCCCCAUGUGUGCUUGAAACAGGCAGGGCUUGCAUGCCAAUAAUCGCCACAUCAUAGCUGAUACGGAGUUUAAGCCCAAAGGAUGAAAAAAGAAUGGAAAUUAGUUUUAAAUCCAGUUUUCUGAGGCUGGAUUUAAACUUGAAAAGAUUUAAAGAAAAGUUUGAAAUGGUGAAAUGAAAAGUGAUUCCAAAGCUUUCUUUGGAUCACAUCAGACCUGGCCACACCAGCAAAGUUCUUGGCUUCAUCUCUUCCCCCUUAGAAGACACCCUAUCUCGGGAUCAAGCACCCCCUUCCGUCUCCCUGUCUCCCCCCAGCCCCCAGCCUUUCUCUCGCUCUCCUCUUCCUUCCUUCCUCCCUAUCUUAUUUUGCCCCUCAGGUCAGCCCACAAGAGAGCAGGACUUUUAUACCCACCCUUCUCAGGCCACCCCAUGACUUCUGCUCCCUUUCCCCAAAGUUUUUGCCCCAAACUCUGCUGAAACCGUCCCCCAUCGCUUCCCCUUGGCUGUUGCUCUUAUUCUGUCUUUUAAGUCAUUCCUGCGGUCUUUUUCUCCAUCUCAUUUCAUCUCUGAGCAUUUCUUCUUUUCAAAGAGAACCCGAAAGACCCUGUUUCUACAAAUCUUGCAUUGGGUUUUAGUCAAAUAUUCCCAGAAGCAUCAUUUUUUAAAGGAAUGAAUUAAUCUUACCACCCCUCCUGUGUUUGCUGUAUUUUAUCUGGACUUACAGUGCUUUAUUAAAUUCCUCAAUUUAACAUGUGAAAUCAAAUUGCCCCCUUGCUUAUUUUAACCAGUUCAAUAAACCAGUUUUGAGAA